AGAUCCGCUUCCAUUUCAGCUCAAGCCGUACUCUCCGGACCCGAGUUGGCACCUCUUCGCGGCGCCUGAGCUUGCGGUCCACCCGGGCACUUGCCGAAGGCGCACGCGCUUACAGUGGAGACCCAUUCCACGGAGUCUUCCCGCCCUCCCGCGCGCACCGGGGGCCAUGGCCUCUUCCUGCACGGAGCUCGGCUGCGGCCUGGGCGACUCGACCCGGCGCGGGCCCCCGGAGGGCGCGAGCCAGGACUCGGGCGGCGGCGGCGGCGAGCUCACCCCGGCCUCCGCGGCCUCGCCCGCGCGCGAGGAGGGCGGUGUCGCGCCGUGGCCCCGGCCGCCGAGCUCGCGCCACUCGGGCGCGUCGCGGCCGAGCUGGGCGGACUUCCCAGUGGACCCGGAGGAGGGCGGCGGGCGCCGCGAGGACACGUCGCCAGAGCUGGGUGCCGCCGCCGGCGCGCCGCGGCCGUCGCGGGCGGCAGGGCAGGCGAGCGCGCUGGCCCUCGAGCGCCGCCAGCGGAGGAUCACCGCAGCGAAGGCCUGGCAGUCCGGCGAGGCGACGACCAUGAUGGUGCGCAACCUGCCCCCCGCGCUGACGCAGCAGCAGUUCGUACGCGAGCUGGCCGCGACAGGCUUCGAGGGCGCCUAUGAUGUCUGCUAUCUGCCCAGGGACUUCGCCUCGAGGCAAUGCAAGGGCUACUCGUUCGUGAACUUCCGCAGCGCCGCCGAGGCCUCCCGCUUCCGCAACGCCUGGCACGGCACCAGCAGGUUCAAGGGCGCCCUCCUGAACGUCUCCCCCGCGCGCAUCCAGGGCUACGAGGCGAACGCCCUGCAGGCGGCCUCGGCCCACGUGGCCAAGGUGCGCAACCCGAGCUUCCGGCGCAUCGUCCGCGACCGGCACGAGUGCGGCUCCACGUGCAGCACCCGCAGCACCGCCUCGCCGCAGCCCUCGCCGCAGCCCUCGCCGCAGCCCUCGCCGCCCACCUCGCCGCACCACUCGCGGCUCCUGCCGCCGGGCCCCGAGCGGGCCCCCAGCGGCCUCGGCCCCGCCGCGCCGCUGCUGGCGAGCUCUCCGGGCAGCGGCGCCCCCGGGCACUGCGGC